AUGGCGCCGCUGCUGUGGAAGGGGGUGCUGGCCAUGGGCCUCUUUGCCCUCGCCCACGCAGCGUUUUCGGCCACGCAGCAUCGUUCUUAUAUGCGACUAACAGAAAAGGAAGACGAAUCACUGCCAAUCGACAUAGUUCUUCAAACACUUCUGGCCUUUGCGGUUACCUGUUGUGGUAUUGUUCCUAUGGCUGGGGAGUUUAAAGACAUGGAUGCUACAUCAGAACUUAAAAAGAAGACAUUUGAUACACUGAGGAAUCACCCAUCGUUUUAUGUGUUUAAUCACCGUGGGCGAGUAUUGUUCCGGCCUCCGGAUUCAACAAACUUUUCAAAGCAAGAUGGAAUCUCCUCUUUGAACACAUCAUUGAAGUUCAGAAAAUUUGACUCACUAUGCAGUUAA